AUGAACCCAACCAAGAUCAUUUCUCACCUCGUGCUCAUUGCGGCUGCAAUGGGGUCGUUCGCGGAAGCUGGCACGUACAGCCACGAGACCCAAAGCCACGGCGUCUCGAAUGAAGACGUUGACCAAGAUUCCGCCGGUCCACGCAGCGUGAAUCCUGCUGUGGCUCCGGCCACUGCACGUACACCGUCCACUGGCAACGAUUUCCCAACGGCGUCUCUGUCCGAACGGGACAGCAACAAACACGACGUCUCCUCACGUACGUCUUCUACGCACCGAAGCAGCAGCGAGCACGAAAGUGACGACGAAAGCAGCCACGUUUCGGCUACUUCUCGCAGCCACAGCUACACGAGUGGCGGUACCUCUAGCAGUGGCAGCACCACAACUAGAGGUGGAGCUAGUGCUGGCGCAGCAGGCGGUGCUGGUGGCGGUGCUAGCGGCGGUGCUAGCGGUGGAGCUGCCACCGGUGGUGCCGGUGGCGGUUUCUCGCGGGGCAACGGAGGCAUCGGCGGCGCAGCUGGAGGAGGUAUUGGAGGAAGUGUCGGCAUUGGAGGCGGCCUUGGAGGUGCUGCUGGUGUCGGUGGCGGUGGCGGUGGCGGUGUCGGUGGCGUAGCUGGUGUCGGUGGCGGGAUUGGAGGAGGUGUCCGAGGAAGUAUCGGCAUUGGAGGUGGCCUUGGUGGUGCUGCUGGUCUCGGUGGCGGAGCUGGUGUCGGUGGCGGGAUUGGAGGAGGUGUCCGAGGAAGUAUCGGCAUUGGAGGUGGCCUUGGUGGUGUCGGCGGCGUCGGCGUCGGAGGCGGCCUUGGUGGUCCGGUGUCCGAGGAGUUGCGGGCGUCGGAGGCGGUCUUGGUGGUGUCGGCGGCAUCGGCGUCGGCGUCGGAGGCGGGAUUGGUGGUGCUGCUGGUGUCGGUGGUGCAGCCGGUGUCCGAGGAGUUGCCGGAGUCGGAGACGGUCUUGGUGGUGUCGGCGGCAUCGGCGUCGGCGUUGGAGGAGGUGCCGGCGUCGGAGGUGGCGUUGGUGGUGCUGCUGGUGUCGGUGGUGCAGCCGGUGUCCGAGGCGGGCUUGGAGGUGCGGUUGGUGUCGGUGGCGGAGCUGGUGUCGGAGGAGGUGCCGGCGUCGGCGGUGCGGCUGGCGUCGGUGGCGGAGCUGGUGUCCGAGGCGGGCUUGGAGGUGCGGUUGGUGUCGGUGGAGGAGCUGGUGUCGGUGGCGGAGCUGGUGUUGGAGGAGGUGCCGGCGUCGGCGGUGCGGCUGGCGUCGGUGGCGGAGCUGGUGUCCGAGGCGGGCUUGGAGGUGCGGUUGGUGUCGGUGGCGGAGCUGGUGUCGGUGGCGGAGCUGGUGUUGGAGGAGGUGCCGGCGUCGGCGGUGCGGCUGGCGUCGGUGGCGGAGCUGGUGUCCGAGGCGGGCUUGGAGGUGCGGCUGGUGUCGGUGGCGGAGCUGGUGUCCGAGGAGUUGCCGGCGUCGGAGGCGGCGUUGGUGGUGUCGGUGGCGUAG